CGUCUUUUUUUUUCGAAACUGCGCUUUCCAGUCGGGUCCGGGUCGCCCCAGGCUGUGGGUUAGACGUUUGCCUGUCGUUUGAGGGGGUCCCCGGCGGGCGUCGGGGCCUUCGCCGGCGUAUCGGAGCGAGUAAACAUGGGGUGGUAUCGGCUGCGAUACCCCCUCGCUUCUCUGUGCUUAGCGUUGAGCGGAGCCAUCCCUUCGGCUGCCAAAUAGUGCGCUAUAGGCAGCAAUGGCACGCCGGCUCGGCGCCGCUGCCCAAUAGUGUCCCAGGUGCGCCCGGUAAGCAUGCGUGUCUCGGGCGAGACUGUUUGUAAACUUGUUUCUCUGAGCAUCCCGGCUGCCCGACAGCGUCCUGCUCCGUGGAGACGGGACGGCGCUCGCUGCCGGCUGGCUGGCAGUUCAAUGGGCUCUGGAGAACACAGAUUCACCCUGGCGGAGAUCCUGAGUCACAGCUAUGCAGUACAGGAACAGGACGGGGGGCAUAAGUCCCUAGAGGAGCUGGCGAAGAGUCUGGGGAGCGAGCAGCAGGAGAGCGAGAUGCCGCUGGAGGAGCUGCUGGCUCUGUAUGGGUACGAGGCCUCGGACCCCAUCUCCGAGCAGGGCAGCGAGGCCCACGAGCUGUCUACUGCCCUGCCGGACAUGACACUGGACAAGGAGCAGAUCGCGAAGGACCUGCUCUCCGGGGAGGAGGAGGAGGAGACGCAGUCGUCCGCAGACGACCUCACCCCGUCCGUGACCUCCCACGCCUCCGACCUCUUCCCGCGGCACCUGGAGGCUCACUCCCCCACGGGCGAGGACAAGGACUCCUGCUCCAGCGACUCGGACUCGGGCUCGGAGGACGGCUCCAUCCCCCCCAACGAUUGCCGCAAGGACAUCAUGGUGGGGCCUCAGUACCAGGCAGCCAUUCCUGCGCUGAACGCGUAUCGAUUCCAGGACAGAGCCUAUGAGAACGAGGACCAGCUCCUGUGGGACCCCUGGGUGCUGUCGGAGAGCGACGUGGAGCAGUUCCUGCUGCGCGCGGAGCGGCGGGGGGGCGAGGAGGACAGGGGCACCGCGGAGCCCGGCACGCCGGGUGCCAUCAUCAAGGACAACGAGCAGGCGCUGUACGAGCUGGUGAAGUGCAGCUUCGAUGCAGAGGAGGCCCUGCGGAGACUCCGGUUCAACGUGAAAGUCUUCAGAGAAGAGCUGUGCGCCUGGAGCGAAGAGGAGUGUCGGAAUUUCGAGCACGGCUACCGCGUCCACGGCAAGAACUUCCAUCUCAUCCAGGCCAACAAGGUGCGCACGCGCUCGGUGGGGGAGUGUGUGGAGUAUUACUACAUGUGGAAGAAGUCCGACCGGCACGAGUUCUUCACUCAGCAGACCAGCAGGUUCGGGCGCAAGAGGUUCAGCCUGCAGCCCGGGAACAUGGACGACGCGGAGCAGGACGGCGAGGGCGUGGAGGGGGACGGCAGCAGCCACGCCCGCAGCUCUCCGCCCGAGCCCUCCGCCACGGCGCAGCUGGGCCCGCCGUCCCCGCAGGACCCCCUGGAGCUGGGCAAAGAAGGUCCCGCGGCGCCCGGCGGAGUGGAAGAGAUGCUGCACGGCGCUGCAGGGGACGGCGACACUGGGGGCCUCUUGUGCAGCCAGCUGGGCGCGUCUCCCCCCGAGCGGCCCAGCACGAACUGUCCCAGCCCUCCCGGCUGCCCCGAACCGCCACGUGCCCCCGCCGCCCAGCAAGAGGCCCCUGCCUCCCCCUGCCUGCCCUGCGCCAGCCCCGCCGUGCGCCCCGAGCUCCUGGCCCCCGCGUACUACCAGCUGCAGCUGGGGCCCUUUGUCACGGACACGGGGGAGCCCUCGCCCGAGCACAGCACCAAGAGGUUAAAGGUCGGCUUCUCGCUCCCGGAGGCAUUUCCCGGGGGCCUGCCCCUCCUCCCCUCUGCCGCCGCUGCGCGUGUAGAGCCCCCGGCGCCCCCAGCCCCCGGCGUCAUCACCUCGGCGACCCCGGGCCAGGUGUCCGUCUCCGUGACGACGGAGUUUGGGGCCAUCAGCAUGGGCGACGUGAGCAGCUUCCUGAGCCCCCACGCCAUGCGCCCCCCUGCUGCAGUGCAGCACUCCCAGUCUCUCUCUCAGUGAAGAUGGGGGGGCUCUGGGCUGGAGGGGGGGCACAGCCCCCGUCGCGGAGAACCACAGUCCAGCCUGGUUCACUGAUCUGCUCGCGCCCCAGGAGCCUCGGUCCUGCAGGUGGCGUCAGCCUCUCGAAGGCAGGACCGCUCCAUGCAGUCCGCUGCAGGAUUUAACUCCAGCCAGAUGGGUGUCCAGGCGGGGUGCAGCGUUGGCACAGCACUGCGGGGGGGGCGGACGGGCCGGCCCUGGGGCGCAGACCCCACCCAGCGGCCUGUGGACACGUCUCCAUCCCCUCCGGACAGGAAGGUGUGACCUGCUGCCCCCCACCCCCCGCGCUGAAUUCUCAGGAUGGUUGUUUUUUUUAAAAAUCCUGGUCAGUUUCUUCUUGCAGACUUUGUUGUACAGGCCCACCUCCGUAAGGUUUAAAACGGUUCGGCGAUUGCCUGCAGCGCCCUUUUGCCGCCGGCCAGCACGAGCAGGAAACACUCGAGACCGGGACUGCCCCCUGCUGUCCGGCUGAGGGCUCUGGGUGGAGGGAGAACUGGGGGUCCCUGCUUUGGCCCGUGCUCGUCUGCAGGCAAGUUCAGCCACGACAAGCAGGGAGCCCUGCAGGUGGGCCUGUGUGCUAUGGGGUGGGGAGGACUUCCUCAGUGUUGGUCGCCAGUGGAAACGGGACUUCAAACCUCGGGAGAGGCGUGGAACACGGACAUGGAUGACGCUUGGAAACGAGUGAGCUGACUCAUUUUUUUUGAUCGCGGUAUUUAUAAUCCCAGCCUGCUCCGGCCUCUUCCUGGCCGUGACGCCAGGCUCGGCCCGUACCGCGGUGCCCGCUGGCGCUGCUGGUUGCACGGCGUUCUCCUCGUUCUGGAGUUUGAAACAUGGGUCCCAGGAACUCCCAGUCUGGCCGGAUGUCCGCUACCGCUCCCGUGGGUCCAGAGGGGACGUCACUCCCUCUGCCCCCCGUACAGGACACGGGCCAAACCGACCUGGCUGCGGUCGGGAUUCCUGUCGUCGGGUGAAGCGUCUGUUUCACUGCGUGUCUUUAGUCACCCCAGAAGGCUAAGCAGCAGCUCCUGGCUGGACGUGACCUCUGCUGUAAAAAUGCUGCAGACGAGUCCAGGACCGCUGUACCAAGCCUGCGGCUUCGAGCGGGACGGUGCGCUGUCUGGACACAAACCUGCCUGGGGUACGACCGUCACUGAGCUGAGGGUCAUAGACUGAGGAGCAGGGUUCGAGCCGGGAACCCCUUCUCGGAAGCUGUCGGCUGGUGUUGGCUUCUCUGAAUUCCGGAACGCUGUGGGGGUCUACACUGCGCCGUGGCCCUCAGCUGCUGGGGUUUGGGGCGCUACUCGGUAUUGCUCAUGGGGAGCACAGUUUGUCAGAGAUGUGACCAGCGAGAGCUACCCCUGCCAGCCUCUGAUUGUCGGCCCCCUUUGUAGGAAUACUUGUGUUGUGCAGGGCCAGUGGAGGUGGCCCUUUGGGGGUGUACUCCAGGGUCCGGUCUACACUGAGGAGGACAGGGAGGUGGAUUUAGGGGGUACACUCCAGGACCCAGUCUACACUGAGGGGGGACAGCGGGGGGUAGGAUUUGGGGGUACACUCCAGGGCUGAGGGUUUGAAGGGCCCAGUGGCACGGGUGCUGGGGGUGGUUGCCAUUUCUGGUGUUUUGCUCAGAUUGCAUUGAGGCACCCUGACAACGCCUGACCCCGUCUGCACUCCGGUGAUCUUAUUUAUUUAGUGGAGUUUUUUCUGAUAAAAGAUAUAAAAAACAAAAAAGAUAUUUUUGUUUACAGCUCCUGGAAGGGUUCAAGGGGCAUUGGGGGUGAGGGUUGGGACGGUAACUGAGUCUUUCUUUAGCUGUACAAUUUUUAGCAUUUUUAUUGUAAUGGUUUUUUUGUUUUGUUGUUUUUUUGUAAGAAAUGACAACAGCACAUUGAGCCAAUUGUUAACACUGGACUCCUAACACACGGACCCACACAUACAGCACAGUUUACACUGAUGAGCUUUCACACGUAACAGUUUUUCUCAUGGACAUUAAACUUGUUUCUUUGUUUAAA